AUUUUAUUAUUGUGCAUGUACACGCAAUAGCUCAGUGGCUCAGGAUCAGUUCAGCUGUCCAAUGUGCCCGGACCUACUGAAGUGACUACAGCUCAUGGACACAGCGUGUGUCUGGACUUUAUUGGAGGCUACUGGGGUCAGGAGGUUCAGAAAGGAGUCUACAAGCUGCCCUCUUUACUUCAAGACCGGACCUUAAGAUUAAUGCUAAAUGAUGGAUAAGCUGAAGAUGUCAGCGUAUGCCAAAUCUCUGGAGUGUGAUUCCUGCACUGGGAGAAAAUCCAAAGCCAUCAAGUCCUGUCUGGUGUGUCUGGCCUCUUUCUGUGAAACUCACCUCCAGCCUCACUAUGAAUCUCCUGCCUUUAAGAAGCACAAGCUGGUGGAAGCCUCCAGACGACUCCAGGAGCAGAUCUGCUCUCAGCAUGACAAGCUGCUGGAGGUUUACUGUCGCACUGAGCAGCAGUGUAUCUGCAUGUUGUGUAUGUUACAUAAACAUAAAGGACACGAUACAGUAUCAGCUGCAGCAGGACGAGCUGAGAAACAGAGGCAGUUGACAGAGAUGUACAGAGACUCCCAGCAGAGAAUCCAGCACAGGGAGAAUAAGCUUCAGGAGCUGAGGAAGGCUGUGAGAUGUCACAAGGGCUCUGCACAGGCAGCAGUGGAGGAAAGUGAGAGAAUAUUGACUGAGCUGAUCAGAUCCAUUGUGAAAAGACAUAAUGAACUGACAGCGCUGAUCAGAGCUCAGGAGAAAGCUGCAGUGAGUGAAGCUGAAGAAGUCAUGAAGCAACUGGAGCAGGAGAUCGCAGAGCUGAAGAGGAGAGACUCUGAGAUGGAGGAGCUUUCACACACAGAGGAUCCCAUUUAUUUCCUUCAGAUGUUCCGGUCCGCCUCGGCCCCUCCGGUACCUGCAGACAUACCCGGCGUCAUAUUCACUUCUUUCCACCCUUUCAACAGUGUUGUAAAGUCUGUGUCUCAGCUGAGAGAGAAACUCGAACAAUCCCUUAAAGAGGACUUCGAGCAGAUAUCAAGGAGCGUCACGGAAGUCCAGAUUAUUCCCCCAGAUGACCAUAAAACCAGAGAAGAGUUUCUAAAAUAUUCCUGCCAGUUCAAACUGGAUCCCGAUACAGCAAAUAAACACCUCUGUCUGUCUGAGAGGAACACAGUGGUGACCUGCAGUGAAACAGCACAGCUGUAUCCUGAUCAUGCCGAGAGAUUCGACAAUUACUGGCAGGUGCUGUGUAGAGAGAGUGUGUGUGGACGCUGUUACUGGGAGGUGGAGUGGAGUGGGAGUGACGGGGUUUCUAUAGCAGUGUCGUAUAAAGACAUCAGCAGGAAGGGAAACUUUGCUGAAUGUGUUUUUGGAGCCAGUGACCAGUCCUGGAGAUUGCUGUGCACCCUGUCCGACUACUCGUUCUAUCACAGAUGUAAAGAAGUGAAAAUCCCAGUAAUGCCCAGCUCCUCUAGAAUAGGAGUGUAUGUGGAUCACAGGGCAGGGAUUCUGUCCUUCUACGGCGUCUCUGACACGAUGAAGCUCCUCCACAGAGUUCACACCACGUUCACUCAGCCUCUUUACCCCGGGUUUUUGGUUUGUAAAGGAUCAGCUGUUAAACUGUGCUAAUUGGUUAAGGUGAGACACAAACCUUAAGAAAUCUUUUUGCGUAAAAUUUUUUUAAAUUGCAAACUUCACCAGAUGAUUGCUGACAUUCUUAGUGUUUUUCUGUUGAAACUUAAAAAAACAAACAAACAAAAAAACAUUUAUUUAUGCAAAUUAAACUUGGUAUAAUUACAUGUACAUAAAUUUACAUGAUUUAUUAAAGCCAAAUAAAUAAAUAAAUAAAUCUGUUGAGCGGUGUGAAACCGGAUAUGGAAAACAAUGACCUCAAAAGUUUUAAGUUGAUAAAGCAAUUUCUUUAAGCCAAAUAAACUUAAAUAUAACAAGUUUGAGUUAAAUCUUUGUUGUAUUUAAGUGUUUAAAGAAAUUCAUUUAUCAACUUAGAAAUUUUGAGGUAAUUUAGAGGUAAUUAGUUUGCUCAAAUGUUUUGAGUCAUAUGCACUUGUCCGGUUUUACAGUGAGGUUGUUCGAAUUAAAAAGUUUGUUUCACCGUGAAGACUCUCUCAAGAGAAAAACUUUUACAGAAAAGUUUGUUGCUAUAUAUAUAUAUUAUUGCUUAAUCAGGAAAAUGGGCAGAAUACUGUUAUAAAAAAUAUUCUACCAUUUUACAAUGUAAAAUCUUACAUAAGCCCAACAACAAUAAACUGUUGUUGUUGUUGUUGGGUUUUUUGUUUGUUUGUUUAUUUACCCAAUUUCCCCUGUAAUAAGCUUAUAAUUAGGAAUAGAAAUGGACAUGUGAAAUUUAAUGAAAGCAGAUCUGAGAUUUUCGCUUCUGAAUAGAACAAACAUUACCUGAGAUUUAGAGAUUUUGAGGAGAACAGUUUUAAUAAUACACGUGUUUUCUGCUCUAUUUAGCAUGGUUUAGAAGUUUUUAUAAAAGUCUGUGACAUGUAUAUCAUAAUCACACAUAGCAUGCUGUAUAUGCCAUAUCCGCUAUGUCAGGAAACAGACUUUUCAGUGAUAUAUGACAUGAGGUGAUCGUGAAGUGAGUAGAGCUUAAAGCCUUCGUCGAAUAUGCCAUGUUUCAGAUAAUGCAGUGGACAAAAACUCUGAAAUAAACAUUUUUUUCUGUUGAGAUCCAAAUUUGUCCAAAACUCUGAAAAGUAUCUUCCCAAGAUAAUAAUCUUUACCUGUAGUAUCUUGCGUUAAAUGAUCGCUGAGUCCUAAAAAUCAUAAUAAAGAUAAUUGAAAUGUAACAGCAUACAGCAUACAGUAAUAAUAAAGAAACGGGGCAGGGGUA